CGCCAGGUCUUCUCGCAGUGACUGAGCUUUCGAAGGCUAGCACGGUAGCUUAUCAAUACACAAUGUCAGCAGCGGUGGCAGCACCUCCCUCGGCAGGAUUCUCAAAGGCCCUCGACUGGGCCGAUGAGGAAGACCACCAGCAGCAGCAACAACAACAGCAGCAGCAGCAGCGUCCAACUGCAGGAAAGGGUAGCCAACUUGUAGAGGAGAAGGGUGAGGGAAAUGGUAUCAAGGUCGUCGUCGAGUACCGGACCAACGAGGAUGGGAAGCAGAUCAAGGUCACGCGUCGCGUUCGUCGCACGUUGAUUCGGACGCAGGUCAACCAGGCUUCUGUCGCGCGGCAAUCAUGGUCUAAGUUUGGCAAAGAGAAGGGCAACCCGCCCGGCCCCCAUAUGGCAACCACCACAAUCGGAGAGAAUGUGCAACUGAAGCUAUCAGCUGGGGGUGCUGGAAAGUCCAAGGAGCCAGAGGUAUCUCCUGAGGACAAAAUGAAGCAGGAGCUAGCAGGAAAGAAGAUCCAAUGCAGAACUUGCAAGGGUGACCAUUUCACGUCCAGAUGUCCCUACAAGGACACUCUCGGUGCUAUUACUGGCGAGGGCGAUGGUGAGGGCGAUGGCUCGGCUACUCCAGACGCAGCACUUGUCGACCCGAGCAACCCAGCUGUCGCAGCAUCUUCGCUAGCGUUCGCAGCCCGCGGUGGCGGUACUGGCGGCAAAUAUGUCCCACCCUCGUUGCGAGAUGGCGCAAAGACUGGCGAACGCAUGGGCAGCUCCAUGAACCGGGACGAGCUUCCUACGCUCAGGGUCACUAACCUCAGCGAAGACGUGCAGGACGAGGACAUGCGGGAUCUUUUUGGCAGAUUCGGCAGGAUUGCGCGCCUGUACGUCGGAAGAGACAGGGACACCGGUCUGGGAAGAGGUUUCGCUUUCGUCAGCUUCGAGUACCGAGAAGAUGCUGACAGAGCCAGACAAAGGAUCGAUGGCAUGGGUUACGACAACUUGGUCUUGCGCUGCGCUUGGAGCGAGCCCCGUGGCGAGCGUCCGGCAUAAGUGCAAUCUGGCUAUUAUGAUUCGGCUACCCCUUCACCCUCUGGCAGCAUUGGCUCAAGUUGGAUUCUCAUUCCUAUGCGACCCGGCGUAUCUUGUAUUGAGGCGUUCCACUAGGCAAAAGAAAAAGAACGAGAAAAGAAAUGGCU